AUGGCCGAAUAAUUUCAUCUUGCUCGUUUAUGAUUGAGAAAAAAUGGCUUUUCACGCGUUUUGUAAAACUUUCCGGCAACUAAAACUUUACGAGGCCGGUGCUCGUGUCUUAAAAUGUCAUAGCGCGUUGCAGUCUACGCUUUCUACGCAGUCGGUUUCAUGUCAAGACAAGCCAGAGCUUCUUACUGCAUUUCAGGCAAUUGGUGAAAUUCGCAUAGGAUUUUUUCCUAUGAGGAUAAACAUUGACAUUGGUCUGCCACAGAUAAGAGGAAUAGUUCCACCUGUAACUGAAUUACCAAUUGUUCCUAUAAUUAGAAUCAGGGAACCGCCGGUUAAAGUGCAUGUGGAUAAUGGGGAAACAAGGCGUGUUUCAAUAGAGGCCCCGCAGCAAGGGAUAAUCGAAGAAAAGCAGGCUGCCCGUUUGAUUGUUAUUAGAAGGCGCAAAAUGAGGAAGCAUAAGCUACGCAAGCUCAGGAAAAGGAUCAAGUUCAUUAGGUUGAAAAUAAGGCAGAAACGAGAGUUAAAGAAGGAAAAGAUUUUUCAAGCCGAGUUGCUGGCACAGAUCAAGCAGGCAGAAAAUUUCGAUGCUAAAGAAUACGUAGCAUCGAGAAUCAAGGAACUUACUAAAGAGGAAUUACCUAAGAGGUAUCGGGGUGAAGUUCUGCCAGUAGAUUUAAUUAGAGAAUUCCUGGCGAAUCAUGCAGCAAGGAAAGAAGAGAAGAGGAAACGCCACCAGCGGCGGCUGACUCUCUAAAUUUCAUCGUUUGUAUAAUUAAAGCGAUUUGUAAAUAAGGGAAAAGUAAAACUGAUAACAAGUAA